CGGGGUCGCGCAACGUGAGCGCGCACGUCGACGCGGGUACGCCCCACUCGGCUCAGGCUGUCACUCGGCUAGCAAGCGAGACAGCGAUGGCCGCCCUCAGCAAGAUAACGCACAACUGCUAUGAAGUCGGUCACACCUGGAACCCGUCGUGUAUGCAGUCCUGCGUGGACAUAACCAGGGGCGCGCUGGAGGUGUCCUUCAAAAUAUAUGCCCCGCUUUACGUGAUAGCAGCUAUUCUUAGGAGAAGGAAGAAGGAUUACUACUUCAAAAGGCUUCUUCCUGAGAUUUUACAGUCUACCUCUUUCCUCACUGCCAAUGGAGGUCUCUAUAUAUUCUUCUUCUGUAUUCUCAGGAAACUGCUGGGAGGGUUUUAUUCCUGGUCCGCUGGGUUUGGCUCGGCCCUUCCCGCCUCCUAUAUCGCUAUUCUCCUGGAGCGUAAGAGCAGGAGAGGACUUCUCACAAUAUACAUGACAAAUCUCGCAACUGAGACCUUGUUCCGCAUGGCCAUGACGCGGGGCCUCAUCAAACCUAUCAAACAUGGAGAGGUGCUCCUCUUCUGCAUAACUGCAUCCCUCUACAUGUUCCUCUUCAGGAGUAAAGAUAGCCUUAAAGGCUUUGCGUUCUCAGCGUUAAAAUUCAUCAUCGGCAAGGAAGAGAUCCCAUCUCACUCUGUUCUGGCCGAACAGGUUGCCACAACUCCGCAAGAGGCGUCAGCCACCUCAGAGACUGAGCCUUCACACGUCUCAGCAUUACGACGCGACUCAAGGAGCAGAUCUUUGCCAGCCUACACCAGGGAACUGCUGGAGUCAAUAUGCAAACAAGGUCCAAAACACAGAUAUUGUAAACAUCAUCAUGACAGCUGCAUUUCGUACUGCAUUAAAGGUUUUGUGAGGAUGUUUAGUGUUGGCUACUUGAUUCAGUGCUGCCUUAAAGUGCCCUCGGCGUUCCGGUACGUCUUCUCGAAACCCUCACGGCUCCCUUCCCUCUUCUACAACAAAGACAACUUCCAGCUCGGGGCCUUUUUGGGCUCUUUUGUCAGCAUCUACAAGGGAACAAGCUGCUUACUUCGUUGGUUGCGCGAUAUUGACGAUGAGCUCCAUGCGUUGGUGGCCGGCUUCCUGGCGGGAAUCUCCAUGUUCUUCUACAAGAGCACGUCCAUAUCCAUGUAUCUCUUCUCAAAGCUGGUGGAGACCUUGUACUUCAAGGGCAUCGAGGCCGGCCACUUCCCUUACUUCCCACAAGCGGACACAUAUCUCUACACCAUCUCCACCGCAAUUUGUUUUCAAGCUGCUGUGAUGGAGGUACAAAAUGUUCGGCCUGCUUACUGGAAGUUUCUUCAGCGUCUCACUAAGGGCAGGUUUGGUAUGAUGAACAGACAGCUACUGGAUGUUUUUGGCACUCAGGCCUCCAGGGACUUUCAAGGUUUUGUGCCCCAACUGGACCCACGCUAUGUCUCGGUGCCCAGCCAAGCAAUGCUUCCACUAGGGGGCGACGUUCAGCUAGGAUGAAGUGGGUGGAGGGUGUCGGACGAUGGUGAUCAGAAAUGGUGAUCUUUUGCUAAUGGAUGUGUCAUUUGGAUGAUGUUUUGACCACCCUGUUCUGUGUCUCCGGUGUUGCAUGAAGUGGCAGGGAGGUGGCCAAAUGCCUUUAAUGCAGAUGGCGGCCUUCUGCUACUCUAUGAGCUAAAGAAAAUCUUCAGUAACCAUUUAUGUAUUUUUCACAUAAAAUGGCCGUCUACAUUGUAGCAUUCCAUCACUCACAUCUUUCUUUCUCAGGUUCCCGAGUCCCGACCGAGCCAUGUUUUGGAAUGGUUGCUUUAACGGUGAAACUAAUGUUUGUUUUAGUUACUUAAUAAGAUUUGGCUUAAACCAGAUAAUGCAUCAGCUAUGUUACAGACGUCAUUAAAACACGUGGGAUGUUUCAAUUGUUUCCAAUUGGGGGGGGAAUAUCCUUUCUCCUUUAACGUCUUAGCUGUGGCCCACAAAAUAUAAUACAUAAAUUACUCUGUUAUUGUUGAAUUCUGAUUAACCAAAAUAGAUUGGGGAUUGUUUUUUAAUAUUACUAUUAAAUAGAUCAAUGACAAAUUUAGACCAGUCCAAAUAGUUCAUUUGUUUCAGUUCACAACACAGUUAAAUGGUUGUCUAAAAUGUUUACCAUUUGUGCAAAACGAUGUGAUUUUUAUAUUUACAUUCAUUUGGUUGUGGUUGACAUGGCUGCAGGAAAGGUUUAACUCAAUAACCCAUUCACAGCUUGGUUAGCUGUUUUUCUCACCUCUGUUAAUAGUGUAUGCCAAAAACCCUAUAGCAUUUAAAGUGACUUUCUGAACAUGUUUUACACAGUUGAAUUUGAUCUUAAGUGGACCGUAGUUGGUCAUGUAUAAUUGAUCAGGCUGUAAAAUUCCAGUUUGUUUCCGAACAUUUUACAUCCCCCACUGCAAGACAGCUUUAGACACACGUGACUUCUGUUAGAUAAUUCAUUUUUGAAGAGAUGAAAACACACUAACAAAAUCUAUGUUACAUAUUACACUAAUGCAAUUGUCAGCAAGUGUUUUUGCUUUAUGUGAUGAUGAUGAAGUAUUAAAAUAUUUUUUAUUCAU